UCCGUGCCGCCCCCGCUGAGUCAGCGUAAACCAAGCUGCGGAGGGCGGCGGCGGCCGGCCGAGCUUGCCCCGAGGCUAACUGCUGCGUUUGUGCGCCCUCCCCACCUUCGACUCGCCUGCUCCGCCCCCGGGGAGAGGUUCAAGUCCCGGCGCUGGCUGCAGCAGCCGAGCGGCAGGAGAGCGCGCGUCGAGCCCGCGCGGCCCAGGUGCAAGCAUGACUGCCAUCGCCGUGCAGGCCCAGAAGCUGCAGGCCCGGCGGAGGCCCCAGAAGUCCUUCUUCGAAUCCCUCAUCCGGACCUUGAUCAUCGUGUGCUCUGCCUUGGCCCUGGUCUUGUCCUCCAUCUCCAUCUGCGACGGCCGCUGGCUCCUGGCCCAGGACCACCUCUUUGGGCUGUGGCACUUCUGCACCGUGACCGACAAGGACGGGCUGCACUGCCUCCAGGACCUGAGCCAGGCCCAUGUGCCCGGGCUGGCCGUGGGCAUGAGCCUGGUCCGCACCAUGGACGCCCUGGCUGUGGUGGUCGCCAUCUUCGGCCUGGAGCUGCUCAUGGUGUCCCAGCUGUGCGGGGAGGUCCACGCCCGGUGCAGGUGGGCCAUGGGCUCCAUCCUCCUCCUCGUCUCUUUUGUCCUCUCCUCUGGGGGGCUCCUGAGUUUCGUGAUCCUCCUCAACAGCCAGGUCACAUUCGUCGGCUUCACCCUCAUGUUCUGGUGCGAGUUCACAGCCUCCUUUCUCUUCUUCCUGAAUGCCAUCGGCGGCCUCCACAUCAACAGCAUCACCCAGCCGUGGGACCAGCCAGGGACAUUUUAGCCUCCCUGCCCCGCCCCUCUGGGGACAUUGGCUUUUAUGGGACUGUUCCAAAAGCUGACUUCCGGUGGGGGUAGGAUUGGGACAGUGACCAUGAAACUACUGCCUCUUAGCUGCUAACCUUUGGGUGGUCUCUCAGAAACGGCCCAGAGGCCUUUGUAGCUUAGCUACAAAUGUUAUUAGUGCAUUGAUUUUAGAAGAAGAAAAGCAUUUUAAAACUCUUCUCUUGCAUCCUUCUUUCUAGGACUGGAAUAGAUUGGCAGGUGGCAAGGGUAGAAGGUGUCCAGGCCAUGCCUGUUUUGUGGACUCUGCACAUCUAUGAGGUUAUGGGGUCCCUGAGAUCUCCCAGGCUUGCUAACAGUGACUCACGCUUCCAGCUAAGGGUCCAGUGGAUGAUUUGGACACUAGGAAUUUCUCCCACCAGCUCAAAGGAUCCUUGUGCAUAUUUCCCUGGCCUCGGCUUUCUCCAGGCGGAGCUCAGGUCUCUCUUCAGGAUUUCUUGUGCAUAGUGUGUUUUCAGACCCUUUGACUUGAUUUGACCCCUACCCUUUGACCAUUACCCUACAGGUUACCUUGGGUAACCCCAGCUCCCAGCAGCUGGCUGCCCCCUUCGGGGAACUCUGCCUGGGGUCCUGCCUUAAGGAGGCAUUCUUUUCUCCUUGGAGAAUAGUCCUUGAGCAAGCCCUUGGCAGGAGGGUCCACCUGACUUCUGAUACAGUCCUCCCUCGGGUGAGGGUGCAUGUCCAUCCAUUUGCAAGGGCCAGACAGCUCCAGGGUGCCAUUUGGGUCCCAGGACUCGGCUGUUUUCAGAGCACAUACUUAGACCUGCUGGACACCACAGGGGUGAAGGGGAAUGGCCAGACCUUGGGUAAUGAUUAAUGACCAUUCUGGGGAU